UUCCGUCCAUUUUUUUUUUCGACCCUAGCGCCACCUGAGGACAAUUUCUUUCUGUCUCCGUCGACACGUAAACAUGGCUCCGCAAGUCGCCGCCAAGAAGCCAGCCAAGGCUAUUGUGCCCAAGAAGCAACACCUCAGGGGCAAGAGCCAGAAGAAGAAGGUGUCCCUCAAGUUCACCAUCGACUGCACACAUCCAGUCGAGGACAAUAUCAUGGAUGUUGCUAAUUUCGAAAAGUACCUCCAGGAGAGGAUAAAGGUCAAUGGUAAGACUGGCAAUUUUGGGAACAACGUCAACCUGGAGCGCAACAAGAAUAAGCUUUCAGUCAAUAGUGACGUAGACUUCUCCAAGCGAUACCUCAAGUACCUCACGAAAAAGUACUUGAAGAAGAACAAGCUUCGUGACUGGCUCCGUGUUGUCUCGAAGGACAAGGACACGUAUGAGCUACGUUACUUCCAGAUCACGAGCCAGGAGGACGACGACGAAGACGACGCAGAGUAAAUUAUCCUCUAACUCUCUCAUUCAACAGCUGUCAUCCGGCAUUUAUUGUAUAUUUUUGGGUAUAAUAAAUGUUGAAAAUUGAUUAAUAA